AUGUUAUUAACAUAUAUUGUGAGUUAUCUUGGAUCCAUACUUAAUGCUGUACUAUCAUUAUUUAGUGUUUUAUCUGGUCCAAUCAUGGGUAUUUUUAUUCUUGGUUUCUUUUUUCCAAAAGCAAAUAGUCGUGGUAGUUUUAUUGGUUUUUUAUCAAGUCUUUGUUUACAAUUAUGGAUUGUUAUGGGAGCACAAAUGACUAAAACACAAAUGAAAAGUAAACGUUUACCAUUAUCAAUUACUAAUUGUCCUGUACCAGUUAAUAUUACAAAAUCAAUAACAAUUCCAAUCAAAUCAAAUCCAUUACUUGAUUUUUAUUCUAUUAGUUAUCUGUGGUAUUCACCAAUAGUUGUUAGUGCUGUUGGAAUUGUUGGAAUGAUUGUAUCUUAUUUAACUCGUCCAGUUAAACCAAAUGAAAUCGAUCCAAAAUUAAUAAUAUCUAUUAGUGAUAUAUGCUGCUUUUCUGUACCUAAACGUAUAUGUGAUUGGCUUCGAUGUGGUUUUACAGAUGAUGCUUAUGUGGAAAAAAAAGUUCAGAAUAAUAUUGAAUUAACAUCACCAGAAGGCUGUAAUGCACUUUAUACUAAUAAAGUUCAGCAAACAUUUGGUACAGAUACAAGGCGUAUAUUUCCAUCGGGUGUUGUAAUAAAAACAACAAUGAAUGAUGCUUAUGAUAAUUCAGCAAUGUCGACAAAAGACUAA